CUUGUCAUCGCAGUUAGUGUUUGUUACCCGGAAAAUGGACGCUACAAAACAUGGAUAUGCCAUCUCCGCCAGUGGUACCUUCUGUCGACUGUGCCUUAAAACCGACGCGAUCGAAAUCGUCGUCCAAUCGCCGGAGGAAGCCAACGAAUCGCUGCUCAACAUCAUCAGCGAAUGCCUCGGGAUAUGGCUCACCGUGACGGAAGACUUCCCGCUGGCCAUCUGCCACUCGUGUUCGAUGUCGAUGGAAGCGAUCCGCCAGUUCCGGUACAACUGCCAGCAGUGUGAUUUCUACCUCCGCAGUCAACGCUCGGCUGCACCUCCACCAGCGCCGACACCGGUGCUAGUGGUUGAUAGUGAUUUAGAUUCUUCGACGGAACAUAAACCACUGAUAUCGCAUUCAGGGAUGGAACCGGCGGCGAUAGCAGCGUCACAGGGUGUGGUCGCAGUGCAGGAAGUCCGGUACGAAGAAUCGACAAUUAGUGUGAGCGAUAAUAACGGAGUAGCCGGAUCGAUGGAGGGGCAGAUGUGUGAGCAAAUGGUGGUUAUGGAGCAGCAUCCGGUGGAAAUGAAUAUCCCAUUGAAGAAGUUUGACUGUCCGGAGUGCGGCAAACAGCUGUACAGUUCGCGGAUGCUGGCACAACACGUAGUGCGGGAGCAUCGGCUGUGUCAUGGGUGCGACCAGUGUGGAAUGUCCUACAACAGCAAGCAGAAGCUGGAUUCACACAAGGAAAGCUGCUCUGGGCGGCCAUCCAAAUUCAUAUGCACUCAGUGUCCCAGUGCGAAGGUGUUUGCCACGGCCAUAAGUCUUUCCAUGCAUCUGUAUUAUGCCCACGACAGUAUUAAAUCCGUUGUCUAUCGGUGCGAGGCGUGUAAGAAGAAUUUCAAGAACCGGACGGGUCUCAAGUAUCACUACAAUGCACGCCACGGAUGCACGAUGGUGGAAUGCGAGAUCUGCCGGAGGCCGUUUCCCACGGAGGAAAGCUUGUACUACCAUAAACAGGCAGAUCACUGAGGGGGGAUUCAAACUAGGCACUUAGGGUAGCGAUUUGUACAAAAUAUGUAUUUCGACUGAAUAUUCAAUAUAAUAAAGACAAAAUGUUAG